CUCUGCUUCCCCUGAACUCACCUGGAGGAACACCUGGUCCAGCCAGAGGCCGCCCCACAGGCCCCUCCUCCAUCUCCUGACACCAAUACAGUUGUGUUUCCUCCUGCUCCGUGUCCUGCGGUCGGGUCCAGCCUCGCUCCAGUUCAGUCAGUUUAUUUUACAUAGCCCACAAUCCCCCCCCCUCAGAGGCUCUACAGUCUACACACCCUGACCGUUGGUGUGUUUCUGGAGUAAAUCAGCAGAUUAAUACAGGAAGUCAGAAGGUCCAGGGGGGGGGGGGGGUAUCUUCCUGAAGAGGAAGACUCAUUUCUCCAUUGUAAUUUUGACAUUACUCUGAAUGAGGAGGCGCAGACGGACUCCAAGAGGAGCUCUCGGCUGGUGUCAUGUCAGGGAGCGUCCGGCCUUCUCUGGUCCUGCUGGGGGUCUGGAUUUGGGGAUCCGGCAGUGAGGUCCAACAUCAGGCCGAGGACGUGGAGGUUUUCCACUCUGAUAAACACACCCGGCUGCAAUGGAGCUCCGAGCCGGCCAGAGAGUGGACUGAAGUCCUGCUCCCGCUGGGCGGCCCGCGCUCGGCCCCCGUGCUCCAGGCCUGCGGGCGAAGCGGCACCAGAACUAUCUUGAGCCCGUGGAUGGAGCGGCGCGACGCCCACCGCCUGCUGAUGGACGUUUCCUUCGCCCAAGAGGAGGAGGCGUCCGGUCAGCUGGGCCCGCUGCGAGUCCACCUGCUGGACUCCAACACAGCGACGGCUUCACUUCUAGACCCGGAGUCGGUGCUGGACCUCCAGACCUCCAAGCCGUUCCCUUCCACCUUCCCUCCUCUGGCCGACUACCUGAACCGGAGCCGGGCCCUGAGCCUGGGCCCCGUCCGCCGCCGGGGCUUCCGGCUGGCCCUCUCGUACUCAGGGACCUGUGUGCUGGUGACCUCCAUCAGGCUGUACUACAGGAGGUGCCCCGACACCGUGGCCCGCCUGGCCUCCUUCAAGGGCACCGGGGCGGCGUCGGGCCCGGUGCCGGGUUCCUGCGUGGAGGGGGCGGUGGCGGAGCGCCCACCUGAGAGAGCGUGUGGCGUGGAGGGCCGGUGGGGGCCACUGCAGGGGGCGUGUACCUGUGCAGCCGGCCGCCAAGUUCAGGAAGACACCUGUCAAGUGUGUUGGACCGGCUUCUACAAACCAGCCAAUGAGAGCGGAGGAUGCCGGGCGUGCCCGCCGAACAGCAGGACGCGGGGGGAGGGGUCAGAGAGCUGCGACUGUGUGGAGGGGUUCAGCCGCCUGCACACUGACCCUGAUGAGCUGGGCUGCACCAGGAGCGUUCCCCCAGUGGUGAGCGUCGUGACUCCGCCCCUAAACGUCUCAGAGCCCCACAUGACUCCUCCUCCUCCGCCGAGCCGCCGCCCCCUCUGGCUGGCGGUCUGUGCUUCCUGUGGCGUGCUGCUGCUCGUGAUCCCGGUCGCUGUGGGUGUCCUACGCAGCGACUCCUCCACGCUCAGGUCUGAACAGGAAGUAGAAAUGUUGCCAAUGAAUGCUGCUUUUACCUUCCGACAUCCACAGCAGGCGGAGGCUGCACCCCAGAUAUCCAACACGGUGGAGGGCGUGGUGCAGCUGCUGGAGGGGCUCAGCGGCCGGCUGCUGGACAGCCUGAAGGAGGUGCUGGUGGAGAGGAACCAGCUCACCCUGGGCAAGGAGCUCGGCAAAGGAGAGUUUGGCUCUGUCUACGAAGGCGUCUUCACACAGGACGACGGCGUGGAUCUCAAGGUGGCCGUGAAGACCAUGAGAGUUGGAAUCCACAGCCAGGAAGACCUCCACGAGUUUCUGAGAGAGGCGGAGAUCAUGAAGAACUUUGAUCAUGAGCAUGUGGUCAGACUACUCGGGGUCACGUUACAGAGGGAGCAGGACUCUCCUCUGCCCCUCCCUCUGGUCAUCCUGCCUUACAUGAAAUAUGGAGACCUACGACGCUUCCUCAUCGCUACGCGGUACGGAGAUAUACCCAUGUCGGUGCCUCAUCAGAGUCUCCUGCGCUUCAUGAUCGACGUUGCAGCCGGUAUGAACUACCUGAGCACCCAGGGCUUCCUGCACCGAGACCUGGCUGCACGCAACUGCAUGCUGGGCGAUGACCUCAGGGUGAGCGUGGCUGACUUCGGCCUGUCCAAGAAGAUCUACAGCAGUAACUACUACCGGCAGAAGGCGGUGACCCGCGUGCCCGUCAAGUGGAUGGCCGUGGAGAGCCUGUCGGAGUCCGUCUACACCACCAAGAGUGACGUGUGGUCUUUUGGGGUGACCAUGUGGGAGAUCGUGUCCCGGGGGAGGACGCCAUAUCCUGGAGUCCACAACCACGAGCUGCUGGAGCUGCUGCUGUCGGGCCACCGGCUGAAGCCCCCCGAGGACUGUGACCCCGAGCUUGAUGGAGUCAUGCAGCGCUGCUGGCAGCAGGAGGCGAGCUGCCGGCCCGACUUCGGGGAGCUGGGUGAGAUGCUGAGGUCUCUCCUGUCGGCGCUGCCGGCGCUGGAGGCCAGCCAGGAGGCCCACUACAUCAACCACGGCCUGGAGGUCGCCGCCGCCGCCGCCUCCCAGACGCCACAGGCAGAGUGUGGAGGGAGAGGGGAGAACGUGUACCUGCCCGGCCCUGUGGGCGCUCCAGCCAGGGAGGAGGACGUGGAAGUAGACGACGGCUACAUUAAGUAUAACGCUGCUGCCUCAGCAGAUGACAUAUAAAACAACAGGGUUUUAUUAAAUUACAUUUAGUAUCUGAAGUGGACCUCCAUGAACAGAAGUGUGGUCCUGAAUAUGGAGUGAGUCAGAGGAGCUGAACGUUAUUUUGCACUUUAAAAAAUAAAUCUAUCUGUUACUAGAAA